UAAAUUCAUAAAUAAGGAAAUCAAUUUGUAAAUACUCAUUUAUGUCACAUAUGAAAACGAAUGUUUUUACAUUUAUUUAAAAGUGUAUUUAUUUAUUUUUAAUAUUGGCUGGCUUGGACCUCCAUACGGAACACCUGAAUACAAGGAAGUAUUUGGAUUCCAGAGAAGCGAAACUUAUUUCACUGCUACACGAAUGAUUCAACAUUUGAAGCGCUUGCUUUUAUACAGGGAAUAUAUUUGACUUGUUCUAGUAUAAUAUUACCUCAUACAAUAAAAAGAUAUCACUCUUUAUUUUUGGUAAAGCAGUUCGUUUAAGAUUGAGAAACUGUUUAAUCUUUGAGCUGACUGUAGGGAAAUGGCAGAAUCUUCAGGAAGUGAAUAUCAGGAGCAGUUCAGCUGUCCCAUCUGUUUGGAUCCACUGAAGAAGCCGGUGACGAUUCCAUGUGGACACAGUUACUGCAUGCGCUGCAUUAAUGACUGCUGGGGGCAAAAGUACCAGAGGCCACCGUACCACUGUCCCCAAUGCAGAGAGAUCUUCACUCCAAGACCUGUACUGAAAAAGAACACAGUUUUAGCUGAGAUGAUGGAGAAACUGCAGAAGAUAUCCAUACAAACUGCUUCCUGUUCUCAAGAGGAAUGUUAUGUGGAGUGUGAUGUUUGCAUUACAGAGAAGAACAGUGCCGUAAAGUCCUGUCUGCAGUGUUUGGCCUCCUUCUGUGAAACUCACCUACAGCCUCACUAUCAGUCUCCUGCAUUUAAGAAGCACAAACUCGUCAAAGCCUCCACACACAUUCAAGAGAACAUUUGUCUCAGUCAUGGAAAACUUCUUGAGAUUUACUGUCAGGAUGACAGGCAGUGCAUUUGUUGUUUGUGCACUGAUAAUCAUAUAGGCCACUGUGUGGUAUCUGUGGAAUCUGAAUGCACUAAUAAGAAGAAACACUUAAAAGAGACAAAGGUGAAAUGCCAAAAGAUGAUUCAGGAGCGAGAGAGAGGUCAACAGGAACUCAGUGAGGCUGUGAGGUUUCUUAAAAUCUCAGCACAAGAGGUGUUGGAGGACUGUGAGAAGGUCUUCUCUGAGCUCAUCUGCUCUCUUGAGAAAAAAUGCUCUGAGAUGAAAGAUCUGAUCAGAUCUCAGGAGAAAGCUGAGAUAAAUCAAGCAGAGAACCUUCACAAACAGCUGGACCAGGAGCUGACAGAACUCAGGCUAAGAGAUGAGGAGAUACAGGAACUUUUAAUUACAGAUAAUCAGGUCCAUUUUCUGAAGAGUUUUCAGUCUGUGUGUGACAUACCCAAAAUUGAAGACCUUCCCAAAAUCCCUCAGCACCCUCAACUGUCUUUUAAAGAUGUGUCAAUCUCAGCAUUCAAAGAGGCUUUGGAGGAUGUUUGUCAACAAGCAACAGCCAAAAUAUCACAAAAAGUGUCAAAUGUCCAAGUUGCACAGCCUCCAGAACCUAAAACUCCAAGUGAAUUUUUGCAAUAUUUCAGUCAGCUGCAGCUGGAUCCAAACACUGCAUACAAAAACCUCAAACUGUCAGAAGGGAACAGAAAAGUAAUGCACAAAAAUAGCACCCAGGACUAUCCUGACCACCCAGAUCGUUUUAACUCAUAUAGCCAUGUCUUAUGUAAAGAGGGUUUGUGUGGGCGUUGUUACUGGGAGGUUGAGUGCAGUGGGAACAACUGGUCUGUAGGCGUUUCCUACAAAGGAAUUGGUCGGAAAGGAAAAGGUGAGAACUGCAGGUUUGGCUUCAACAAAAACUCCUGGAGACUGGGCUAUUGUCAGCUGAAUUUCUGUUUCAUUCAUGAUAAAGAGCAGGUCCUCCUCCCUGCUGCCUCUAGAAUAGGGGUGUAUCUGGAUCACAGGGCAGGAACUCUGUCCUUCUACAGAGUGUCUGAUACAAUGACCCUCAUCCACAGAGUCCAGACCACUUUCACUGAACCCCUCUAUCCUGCAUUUGGGCUUUCAGAUGGUUCAUCUGUCACAAUUAUAGAGAAGGGGAAAAUUCAUACAGACUAGAAAUAAAAUUAGAAUGUAAUUAGAAUAUAAUUAACUUUUUUGUUUGAAAGUGCAAUUUAAAAUCAUGUUUUGUUUUUAUUAAACCGCACUUUUAUGACUCGAAGUCAUUAGUAUAUUACAGCUUCUUUUUAUGUUAAAGCAUAAUCUUCUGUAAAGCUGCUCUGAAAUGAUGCACGUGGUGAAAAACAUUAUAUAAAGAAAUAUGACUUGACUUGAGAAUGCAUCAAAAAUACAUGAACAAACAGAUUAAAGGAAAACUAUUCUCAAAUUUAAGUCAGUGGUGGAUAAUUCAUGUAUUAAAAAGGAUUUUUUUGUGUUAUGUUUAGAAACCCUGAAAUACUAUAACUGUUCAUCUUUGAAUACAUGCUUGCAAAUGCAACAAAAAAAUAAUCAUUAAUUUCAUGUGUCAUUUUGUUUUUUUCCAAAUGUCACCAAAUAUGAAGAGUCAGUUUAUUCAUGCACGAUAAAAAUACAGGAAUCCACUUAUACUGUAUGUAGCACUGGGAAGUCCAAUUAAUUUUGGUGAAUCGGUUUGUUCAGAGAUUAUUGUAAAUGAAUCAGUUCAUAUAAACAAUUCAAAUAAAAAAAAAAAUGA